CUCCUUUUUCGCUCCCGUCAAAUUGGGCACUAAAAUUAGUCACUCAAUCCCCCGGUUCGUUCCUUUAACCAUUCCCAAAAUCAAAACAACCAUGUCCAUAACUCAAACACCGCCAUGGAUGAGCAGCUCCAAAGAGUGUUCAACCAAUUCGACAAGAACAAGGACGGCAAGAUCUCCGUAACGGAGCUCAACGAUGUCUUGAUAGCGCUAGGGUGCUCCUCCCCCGAGCAGGAACUCAAACGCGUCAUGGAGGAAAUCGACAUCGACAAAGAUGGCUUCAUCAACCUUUCCGAAUUCCUCAUCCUCUGCCGAUCGAAUUUUGACAAUUCCAACGCCGAGGCGGAGCUGCGUGAGGCCUUUGAUUUGUACGAUCAGGAUAAGAACGGCCUCAUCUCGGCGGAGGAGUUGCAUCUGGUUUUGAAUAAGUUGGGGAUGGAGUGCUCGGUUGAGAAAUGCGUCAAGAUGAUCACUUCAGUUGAUGCAGAUGAGGAUGGGAAUGUUAAUUUCAAGGAGUUCCGGAAGCUGAUGAAUAAUCCGGCCAAGAGUAAAGACGAGUAAUCUAAAUCGGAGGAUUUUGAUUGGAUUCAGACGAUGUGAAUCAAAAGGUAUCGUAUAUAAGUUAUUUCCAUGUACUGAAUGCGAGUCUUUCCUACUUUUAUUCUUACUUGAGUAAAAUAUAUGGAAUUUGCAACACUUGUUGGAUUCUCAA